AAUAAUAAAUGCAAAUGCAAAUGCAAAUUGAAAUCUCUUCCUAAAAAUGUUUCAUCAAUAAGCGAGGAGCUGAGUUCCGCCCGACAUCGGUCUUAUAUAUAUACGCAUAUAUACGAAUGCAGGGAGUGGCCGGCUAAGGUGAAUAUUUGGGAGGAUUUGAGACAAAAGCAGCGACAAAAUGUGGAUACCUUCGAAUAAUAAAUACGGAGUUGCCAUCCACAAUUGGCAUGGCGAUGUCCGCUUUGGCCUGGCCUUGGACGUCGGUGAUUCCGUGGACAUUGUGGAGGAGUGCACAUAUUGGUAUCGAGGUUCCUGUCCCCGAAAAUCCCGGGCAGUGGGUAUCUUUCCAAAGACUUAUGUGCACAUCAAGGAUUUGUCGAAAAUUGAUCCCGUGGUGGCCGAGUGCACGCAGGUCCUGAGGGAGUGGUCCGAGAUAUGGAAGCGUCUCUAUGUGGAUCGGGAAGCCUACAAGUUCCAAACACUGCGCAAAGUUAUGUUUUCCAUAUUGGAAAGUCGAAGGGAACUUUUAAGCGCCACAAUGACUCAGGAUCAAACACUGGAGCUUCAAAUGGUUGUGGUUUCGAAAAUUGACUGGGGAAAUCGCAAACUCGGUCUGGAUUUGGUGCCACGAGAGGGACCUCUGGCAGUGGAUCCGCAUAGCAUUGGAAUUGUCAAGCUAUAUAAUGUGCACGUUAGCAGUGCCGAUAAUGCCAAGGCUUCAUCGAGUCGGGGCACAUUGAGGAGAAAGACGCAACGCAAAAUCUUAACCCAUCAUCUGUAUUUUUGCAUGCGGGGCUUUGGCUAUCGCAUUGGAGGCGAUGAUGCGGAGGUUUACUUUUUCCUCUACGAUGGCACCCACAUGCGACCGCUGUCCGAGCGGUUUCUGUUCAAGAUCUCCAAAGAUGGUUUCACCAAUUACACCGAAAAGUUGCACAGCAACUGUACAGUGUUUACAGAUCUCGGCGCCGCCGAUCUCAAUGAGGAUCUCCAUCUGGUGGCCGUGGUUAUGCGCGUGGGCAAGAUCAUUCAGUCGGACUCCAUUAAAAAGAUCGAAAAGAGUGGAGCCUAUGGUCAUGGUCCAACCUUCCGUCGUCCAUUUGGUGUGGGCAUUCUCUCGCUUAGCGACAUUGCUCACUUCGAUAGCAGUCUGGAGCAGUCCUCCGACGAGCGGGAGUACAACUUUAAGCUGUUCCAGUGCGAGGAAAAGGAUUUCCACCUGCUGCCCGAGCUGAUCAUCAAGAAGUCAAAUGGAAAGUACUCACCCAUUCAGCCAAGUCAGGGCACUCAGGGCAUUGAUGUCUCCCUGAAGUUGCUGCAUGGUGGUUUGGGACAGGCUCGUCAGGAGCAGCCGCUCCUCUUCCAGGGCACCACAAUCACUAGGAAGAUGGGCUUCCCCGAUGUCAUCAUGCCGGGUGAUGUGCGUAAUGAUCUCUUUUUAACCCUAGAACGGGGAGAGUUUGAGCGCGGUGGAAAGAACACGGGGAAGAACAUCCUCGUUACGGUUGUGGUCCUGGAUGAGACGGGCACUGUGCUAACCGACUGCCUGUGGGGUGCCUCCGGCAUGGACGCACAGGCCCAGUAUCGAUCCAUGAUAUUAUAUCACCAGAACACGCCCAAUUGGAAUGAGAUGUUGCGUCUUUGUGUGCCCAUUGACAAGUUUGCCACGGCCCACGUGCGGUUCGAGUUCCGGCACUGUUCGACGCGGGAGAAGACGGAACCGAAGCUGUUUGCCUUCAGCUUUGCUAGACUGAUGGACACGGGCGGAGCCACGUUACGCGAUGGCCAGCACGAUCUGUUUGUGUACAAGUGUGAGGAUCCUGCCAAGCUUCAGCCGGCCAACUAUCUGCGGCUGCAGUGCCGGCAGGGUGAUCCACAGGCCAAAAUGGACUGCGGCGGCUGUUUCAGUCGCCACUCCAGGGAGACAUUCUAUCUGCGUUCUCUGCUCUGCUCCACGAAGCUGACACAAAACGCGGAUCUACUCUCGCUGCUGCAGUGGCGCACAAAUCCCGAAACCAUUCAGGACUCACUGACUGGUGUGCUGCGACUGAACGAUGAAGAGCUGGUCAAGUUCCUGCAGGACGUGCUCGAUGCCCUGUUUGCCAUGUUUUCGAAUGAGGAGGGAAACAGCACCCAGCACUCCGGCCUGGUCUUCCACGUGCUGGUUAGCAUAUUCAGUUUACUGCAGAGCAACAAGUUCCAGCACUUCCGGCCGGUGAUGAACGAGUAUAUCGAGAACCACUUUGCUGCUGCGUUGGUCUACAAAGGUCUCAUCACCUCAGUUGAGCACAUGGCCGUAUUUAUGACCAAGGCAGAGCAUCCGGAUCCAUUUCAGAAGUGUUUUGGUUCGCUGGAGUACAUAUUCAAGCUGCUGAUCCAGUCGAGGCGUCUCUUUGCACGGGCCACCGGUGGUCAGUACGAGGACUCGUUCCGCCGCGACUUGCACUCGCUAUUCACGGCACUUAAUGGAAUGUUAGCUGUACCCUCGUACGAUGUCAUCAUACCCACCCAGGAGGCGCUACUCAACUCGACAGGCGUGGUGCUGGAGCAGUUAAAGGAUACGCUGCCGGCUCCGGAGCUGGGUAUGCUGGCGCGAAACAUGUUGGAUGCCAUACCCCGAGGAGCGCCCAUACGACUGAUUCAAGCCAAGCUGCACGCUGUCAAAGAUCUUGUCUCCGGGGAAUUAUUCCAUGAGGAUGAUUCCCGUACUGUGGUUCUCUCCGUGGCCUGCAAGCACCUGCGCAUGCACCUCAGUCGUCGGGAUGAGCUGCGUCUUUGCGCCGAAAUUCUCUCGGAGAUUCUUAGCCAGCUGUACGAUCUGCAGAAGGAGCAGCGAGACAAGGUUACAAACACCCUGCAGCACGACCUGGACUCGCUGUGCAAGAACAUCCUAGGCAUCCUGAUUCGAACAAUCAGCAUCAUCAUGGAAGGCUCAAAUGCCGUGCUGCCCCAGCUGGUGUCCUGUCUACUGGGCCUGCUGCAGUUGCUCGACGAGACGCACUACAAGCGUUACUGGGACGAGCUUAGUCCUAACAAGGAUCCGCGCGAUCUAAAGGAGUUCCUCAGCAAGUCUCUAAUGGUCUAUGAGGAGCUACUGACCCAGGACUGGCAUGUGUUUCCCAACGACUGGCUAGUGAUGAAAUUGGCCGCCAACGAUGUGUUGCGCAUGUCCCUGGAGGAGUUUGCUAAGCCGCUGGUCUAUCGGUUCCUCGCACCCAACGGCUUUGAUUCGCAGCUGUGGUGGAGCUACUUUAGCCUGGCUGUGGCCUUCUUAACGCAGCCCUCGCUGCAGUUGGAGCAGUACAGAGAGCCCAAGCGGUUGAAGAUUCUGCAUUCCCACGGCGACAUGCGAGUGCUUAUGGGCUUUCAGAUACUUAGCAUGUGGUCGCAGUUGGGCGAGCAGAAGCUGCACUUCAUUCCCUCGAUGGUGGGCCCGUUUCUGGAGGUCACCCUGGUCCCAGAGCCAGCUCUGAGGAAAGCAACACUAUCUGUCUUUUACGACAUGAUGCAGUGCGAGCAGGCUGCCCGGGGAUCGUUCCGCUUGGUGGAGAGCGAACUGAUUGACAAGCUGGACCUGCUCAUCAGCGUGAACAAGGGGGACGACGAGUACAGGGAGCUCUUUAGCACCAUCCUGCUGGAGAAGGUCCAGAUGGAGAAUCCGAACUGGAAGGAUGCUGGCAUUGCUUUCAUUGGCUCCGUUACCCGGCUUCUGGAGCGGUUGUUGGACUAUCGCAGCGUAAUGCAGGGCGAGGAGAAUCGAGACAAGCGCAUGACCUGUACGGUGAAUCUCUUGAACUUUUAUAAAAACGAGAUCAACCGCAAGGAGAUGUAUCUGAGAUAUAUCUACAAGUUGCAUAAUCUGCACUUGCAGGCAGAGAACUACACAGAGGCGGGCUUCACUCUUAAGCUAUAUGCAUCCAUGCUGAGCUGGGAUCGGGAGACCCAGAGUUUUGCCCCCUUCGAUAACAGUGGUCAACCGGAGUGGCAGCGCAAGGAGCGGCUAUACCAUGAGAUCCUUAAAUAUUUCGACAAGGGCAAGUGCUGGGAGAAGGGUAUUCCUUUGUGCAAGGAACUGGCACAGCUCUACGAGACGCGACGUUUUGACUACAACAAGCUGAGCGAUAUACUCAUACAGGAGGCCAAGUUCUUUCAGAAUAUCCUGACGCAAUUGCGACCGGAACCAGAAUACUUCCGAGUGGGAUUCUACGGCAUGGGCUUGCCGCUCUUUGUGAGGAACAAGCAAUUCGUCUACCGUGGAUUGGAGUACGAACGCAUUGGAGCCUUUACCCAGCGCCUGCAAACGGAGUUUCCCAGUGCCCAGAUUCUGGGCAAUAACAGUCCCCCGGAUAAUGCCAUACUAAAUGCUCCCGAGCAGUACAUACAGAUCAGCAAUGUGAGGCCAGUGGGUGAUGCUCAGUCCCUGAAGACGGCCAUGGUGCCGGUGCCGGAGAAAAUAGCCCGUUUCUACGAAGUCAAUGAUGUGACUCGCUUCAUAUACGACCGGCCCAUGUACAAGGGACCCGUGGACAAGGACAACGAGUUCAAGUCGCUGUGGAUAGAGCGCACUAUUCUGGAGAUUUCUAGUCCACUGCCUGGCAUCCUCCGUUGGUUCGAGGUGAAGCAAAAGUCGAUGCAGGAGCUGACGCCUGUGGAGUAUGCCUGCGAGAUCAUCAGCAACGCCGGCAAGGAGCUGUCGGAUCUGAUUGUGCAGUAUAAGCGGGAUCCUAAGCGCAAUAUUAAUCCCUUCUCGAUGCGCCUGCAGGGCACCAUCGAUGCCAAUGUCAUGGGUGGCAUUAGCAAGUAUCAGGAAGCCUUCUUUUCGGAGCAGUUCCUCAAGUCACCGCAAGGUGCUGGCCAACAGGCAAAUGUGCAGCGGCUGAAGGCUCUUAUACUAGAGCAGAUCCAGAUCCUAGAGCAAGCCCUGGAGCUGCACGGUCAGUUAGCGCCCAGUGGAGUCCAGCCGUUGCAUAAUCGCCUCCUGGAACGCUUUUCGCAGCUAAAACAAAGCCUUUCCGGCAUGGGUCGGUUGAAGCGACAACACUCGGAAAGCAUUGUGAAUACACCACUGCCACCGCUCCCCACGGAGCAACGAGUGGCACAGGCCACGGCUUCCACCAGUGUAAAUGCCAAUUCCCAUGCCAACUAUGUCUAUGAUUUGGAUGAGAUAUACACGAGACCAGGGGACACAUUGCGGCCUGUGGAUCCCCUAAGCUCAUAUCAAACUCUGAGCAAGGAGAGUCUAAGCAUUCCCCUGGAGGACGGCUCAGCCCCGCCAGUGCCGAAUCGCCCGCGCUCGCAGAAUUUUAUCACCAACGGAGCCAUGGAUAGCCCUGAAGUUCCCCCCAAGAGGCAGCCGGCAGGCAAUUCCCCCGGAGCACCGCCACUGCCACCGCGAGGAAUUACGCCAGAUAAGAGGGCCUCGAAUCCACUCAUUUUCAAUGACUUUGGCAAUUCUGAUGCCGUGGGUCGUCGCCACUCGUCGCAGCAGCAGCAGCAUGGCCAGAAGUACUCUGUUGUGGACAUUAGUUAUGACGAUCCCGAGGCCGAUCAGCAGCCGCAUUCAUUGCCACCGAAUUUCCAGGACGGGAGCGGUGGACACCUCAGCGUUUGCUUCGCCCCCAAUGACUUUCGAGACUCGGGAAUCUCCACUACCAGUUCCAGGGAACUCAACCACAUGAAUCUCAACAACCUGAGUGAGGACUCAUCGUCUAUUUCGGCCAGCACAGUGCAUCAUAGGGAACACUGUCGCGUUAGCAGCAACGGCAGCCUGGACAUACAUGCCUCCGCCUCGAUGAAUAUCACACAGCGCGAGAGCUCGGCGAGUUCGUUUGAUGUGGAGGAUCUGCCAGUGCCACCGCCGCCCAUUCCGCCCAAGUCACUGGCCGUGUCGACGAGCAAUGGGGUCAGCAUUGGCAUUGACGAGGCACACUCACCCAAUCCCAGCACACAACUCAAUCACAUUCAGAAUCAGAAUCAUUCCACAAACAGUCAUCAUCAUCUGGGCCACCAGCAGCAGCAGAAUGGCGACAGCGAUGGCUACACCAUGUUGCAGCACCAGGCCAAUGGACUGGCCACUCUUCCUCCUCCUGCUGCUGCUGCUGCUGCUGUUGAGGUCCCGCCACCACUACCGGCAUCUGCAAUCGCAUCCUCAUCUAGUCAUCAACACGAUGGCGGCACUUUUUGAGUUACAAUAUGUCGCUGCCAUCAUCCACCCGAUCAGCCACACCAGCCACACAAGCCAAACUCAUCCACAUCGACCUCGGCCAGCACGGCCACAGACACGGCCACCGAGUCCACGGACUCUAGUUCCUCCACGCACUCGAUUACGCCGCCGCCGCCACCACCACCGCCGCCGGCAUUCAGCCAAAUCCAUCAUCAGGCAUUGUCGGCUGCUACGAUGGCUCCCCACUACUGCCAGGACUGUCUAUCGUCGCCGUCGCCGCCACCAACCAUCAUCACCGAGCAGGCACAGGUGCAUGCCACACCAGGACUGACGACACCGCAGCCCCAUAUUGAGCAUUGUUCCUGCGGCUUGAGCUUUUCGGUGGUGCAAGGACACCAGGAGCCCAGUCUGAUGUCCUCGCGUUUUUCCACAUUGGAGCGCCAGUCCUACGGCUACCAGGUGGAUCAGGUGUCCACCUGCCAGCAUCAUCAUCAUCAUCAGCAGCAUCAGCAGAAUGCCCAAUAUCAUCACGUGCAGGGCAGUCAGGAUGCCCAUGCCCAGACGGACUUUUCCUACGCACAGCGCUGA